AUGGAUGAGUUGCACCCUACACACACUGAGCACCGCGACUCUGGCGUCAGCACUGAGCACGGCGACUCUGGCGUCAGCACUGAGCACCGCGACUCUGGCGUCAGCACUGAGCACCGCGACUCUGGCGUCAGCACUGAGCACCGCGACUCUGGCGUCAGCACUGAGCACCGCGACUCUGGCGUCAGCACUGAGCACCGCGACUCUGGCGUCAGCACUGAGCACCGCGACUCUGGCGUCAGCACUGAGCACCGCGACUCUGGCGUCAGCACUGAGCACCGCGACUCUGGCGUCAGCACUGAGCACCGCGACUCUGGCGUCAGCACUGAGCACCGCGACUCUGGCGUCAGCACUGAGCACCGCGACUCUGGCGUCAGCACUGAGCACCGCGACUCUGGCGUCAGCACUGAGCACCGCGACUCUGGCGUCAGCACUGAGCACGGCGACUCUGGCGUCAGCACUGAGCACCGCGACUCUGGCGUCAGCACUGAGCACCGCGACUCUGGCGUCAGCACUGAGCACCGCGACUCUGGCGUCAGCACUGAGCACCGCGACUCUGGCGUCAGCACUGAGCACCGCGACUCUGGCGUCAGCACUGAGCACCGCGAAUCAGCACUGAGCACCGCGACGCUGUCCAUUGAGCACCGCGACUCUGUCGUCAGCAUUGAGCACCGCGACUCUGUCGUCAGCAUUGAGCACCGCGACUCUGGCGUCAUCACUGAGCACCGCGACUCUAGCGUCAGCACUGAGCACCGCGACUCUAGCGUCAGCACUGAGCACCGCGACUCUCGCGUCAGCACUGAGCACCGCGACUCUCGCGUCAGCACUGAGCACCGCGACUCUCGCGUCAGCACUGAGCACCGCGACUCUCGCGUCAGCACUGAGCACCGCGACUCUGACGUCAGCACUGAGCACCGCGACUCUAGCGUCAGCACUGAGCACCGCGACUCUCGCGUCACCACUGAGCACCGGGACACAUCCCAACACAGCCCACUGUGCAUUAUGUCAGGCAUACAGGUGCAGCUCUGUCAGGUGUUAGAUAUAAGAUUGCUGUCUCAAGGCACCAAGCUGGGGAAGACUGUGCAGCACCAUCAGUCCUUGGAUAUUCCAAAGCUGCUUAGUAUCACCGAGGAUGACAAUAUAAGAAAAUUACACAAGGCGAAGGAAGAUGGCGAAGCAUCUCCUAAUGAUUGCCAUCCGAGCCUGCUGCCAUAG